AUGAAAGAGAUUGGAUUCGAAGCAUUUUAUCCAGACUAUAAGACUGGUCGAAAAGGAUCUGGAAAGCACUACCAUAACAAUAAAACCAGCUCCGAAUAUCCAUUGAUUUUCUUCAAAACCAGAGACUGUGAGUUUCUUGGUGGAGAGUAUAUCGGAUCAACCACUAAGGAAACUCAACAAUUUGAUAGAGUUCCUUAUCUUUUCAAGAUAAGAUCGAAACUGACCCAAAGGGUGUAUUUUAUUAUUAAUGUACAUUUGUCAACAAAUGAAAAAAGAGAGAGAGAGAGUUCAAUGAGAUUAAAAAUUUUUGUGACCAACCAGAGUACAAGAGACACAAACAUAUCUGCUAAAAAGGAGUAUGGCUCUGUCAAAACUAUCUUAGCAGAUCAUUUUUCUCUCAAUGACAAAUGCGAGCCUACCAACCAAUCAUUAAAAAAGAGUAAGGAAUUUGGUGUAUCAAUCAAAUUAUUUCCUAACCAUAUUUAUCAUUUAUUAGUACCAAAACCAUAUGAUCAUAUCUUCAUUCCAUGUACUACGACAAAGAUUGUUUCUGUUAUUAACAUUACUGAUUUUAUCUUUACUACUUUUGAUUAA